AUGAGAGGCGGUUUCAGAGGUGGCGGAGGUCGCGGGGGCUCUGGCGGCGGGAGAGGCGGUGGUCGCGGCGGGCCACAGAAGGUGCUCGUCGUUCCCCACAGGUUUGAGGGUAUCUUCAUGUCCAAAGGGAAAGCUGAUUCCCUUGUCACUCGAAACAUGGUUCCCGGCGAAUCUGUCUACGGGGAGAAACGCCUAGAGGUUGCGGAGGAAUCGGGAGAGAAGAUUGAAUAUCGCGUGUGGAACCCUUUCAGGUCGAAGCUUGGAGCUACAAUUGUUGGUGGUGUGGCAAACAUGCCAAUCAAACCCGGCAGCAAGGUCCUAUACUUGGGUGCUGCCAAUGGCACUACAGUUUCACAUGUCUCCGAUAUUGUCGGGCCCGAAGGUGUUGUUUAUGCUGUGGAGUUUUCUCAUCGCUCAGGUCGUGACCUGACGAAUAUGGCAAAGAAAAGGCAAAAUAUCGUCCCGAUUGUUGAAGACGCUCGGCAGCCGCUGAAGUAUCGCAUGCUCGUUGGCAUGGUUGACGUCAUUUUUGCUGAUGUCGCCCAGCCAGAUCAGUCCCGCAUAGUUGCCUUGAAUGCUCACCAUUUCCUGAAGGCGGGUGGUUGGUUUGUCAUAUCGAUUAAGGCCAACUGCGUAGAUUCCACUGCGAAACCUGAGGCCGUCUUCGCUGCCGAAGUGGAUAAACUGAGGAAGGAAAAGUGCAAACCCAAAGAGCAGCUCACACUUGAGCCGUACCAUAGAGAUCAUGCUGUCGUUAUUGGCCAGUACAGAGUGUCUAAGAAGAAGGUCUGA